AGCCUUUCUCCCUAUGAGGUUUGAGCAAAUAUGAAGCAACCACCAUCAUCUGCUCUUUCCCUCUUACUCUUGCUCUUGCCCUUUGCUCUGGCCUCUUACUCUUGGCGCUGAUUGUCGAAUUGCUCUCUCUUCGGAGUCUUCUUCUUCUUCUUCCUCUUCUUCUUCUUCGUCGUCGUCUUCACCCUCUCCUCUCCCUCCCUCCCUCCCGUCUCCCCUUCUCCCAGCCAGUCAGAAGUGUGAUGCUCCGCACGUUGUCGCUCUCCUCCUCGGGAUAGGUAGUAUUACUUAGCAGUAGUGCAACUAUGAUGGGGCGCUACCCCAAAGGCUUUCUGGAUCUACAACUUGCCAACAAUGCGGGAUACUCCACCACCACUACCACCACCUGGCAGCCUCCUUCACAUCUCUACUCGACCGCCACCACCGAUUACAUCUCUCCACUCAAACUAGCCCCGCGAGAAGAGAUCACGCGCGUCUCUCUCAUCUCGCUCCAACACCAGCGAUAUCAGGAACAACACACCAAGGCCCUGGUGAACAGAAGCACCAUUCCCGGCUUCAAAACAUCUGCUGCAUUCUUCGCCUCCCUCCGAACCAAUCUCAGACUGCACGCCUCUCCGCCUCCGAGUCCACUUUCUACGCCAAAUUCCAUGCGAGGAUCGACGCCAACCCUGCCACCACCUUCGCCUCUCUCGGGCCCCGUCCUGACCGCCGACAUGGACGCCCCCGAUACCCCAUUACCGCAGGACAAUCCCCUCGCCGAUGUGCCCGAGCUGACCUCAUAUCUCGCGACCGACGACUUUGAAAAGAUGGAGGCCUUGAAACUUGUCGCAGAUAGCGUGGCACAACAGCGGCAAACCGCGAAUCGCGCCCUGAUCUACCAUCCCGUCAACAUGUCCGUCAUGACGGCCGUGUUGGCCUGUGCAGGGAGAUAUCUUGCGUAUAGAGGCUUCGAUUACAUGGGCAUCAUCCUGACAUGCAUGGGCAUUUUCAUGUCUUUUAUGGCUGCAUGUCGAUAUCUCACCCAGGGCUAUCUCAACGCCGCAGAAGACAUCAAUCUCGCAUGGCUCGGCGACGCAGACAUUCUCGUCACCAAGUUUGGAGACGAAGUCAUUGGCACCGUCAUGAUUGACUGGAUAUCGGGCGAGAGUCGCACGAAGAAGAAGAAGGCCUGGAGAGGUCUGAUCAAAGCAUGGACCGUGCGAUUAAAGUAUCGCCACAAAGGUGUGGGUCGUGCCUUGCUCGAAGAUGCUGUCAGUGCUGCGAAGAAGAAGGGUGCCGAGUCGCUCGAUUUUGCUGAAAAUCAUGCGAAUUCACGACGGAUACUUUCCAAAUUCUAUAAUACGACUUUUGACCGCGACGAGGCCCAAUCGAUUGAACAAUUACAAAAUCUCAUGAUGACGAGCCCCAGAAAGGGCAGCGGUGGUGGGGGCGGUUUUGGUGGUGGAGGAAGUAGCAGACGAAAAUCUACGAAUUGAAUGAUCUGAGACCAACGAAUUGACGAUGGAAAUGAUACAAACCAUUAAUAUAUUUCUCUCUAUCUCUCUCUGUACAGGUUAUGGAUAGAUUAGGUAGAGGGGGGUUUCUUCUAAUAUAUAUAUGGAAUAGACAUAAUAUAUCAAUUAAAC